AUGCCAAUGGUCAAGAAUCUCGAGGAUUAUCAUCAAGAAUUGAUGAACAUUGCCAAAGAAUCCAACCAACUUGCCUAUAGGAAUUACUCGGCUGAUGAAGUUGAAAAGCUACAACAAAGACUUCGUCAUAUUGAUUCUGCUUACAAUGAAGGCGCCUUUCGAUGCGGCGAAAUGACCUCGUCAACAGCAAGUCGUUACGAAGAAGAAGGUUUGGCUCAAGUCACCGAUGAACUUGAAAAGGUUCACAAUACCCUCCAUCCUUUUUUAGGCCUUUUAGUAAGCUAUCUACUUGUUUACACCGCUAUACCCAUAUCAGCUCUUGCUGUCGCAAAGCAACAUCCUACAAAUGUUUCUCAUUUGGUCGAUCCAAACGAAGGUCUCUACGCUGCUUCCACUGAAUUCGAGCAUGACGGAAAUACUCAUCCACCCCACACUGAGAACAACCAUCUGAAUAGUACCGAAGAUGGUAGCAAUCAAAUAGCGCAACCAACCGCCUCUAUUAUGGAUAAAAUUAAUCAAGUGAUUCGGUUUGGCCCUGUUGCUGUUGAUCAACACAGAGAAAAUGCUGGGCCACCCCAAGAAAUAGAGCCUUAUCUUAUCAAAAAUGAUAAUGAGACGGAAGCCAUAAUGGAUCCUACUACGGUUGACUCGGUGUCGACGGGUAGUGCAUCCAUUGGAGUUGGAGAGACUCCGGCUACUGUCACCAGUCAUGCGCCUGUGCCCAAGAUGACUAACUGUAAGACUCAUGGUCAGGUCGCUUUAACCUACAGUGAAGGACCAAGUGAUGUAACUGCCAAGAUAGCUCGUGAACUCAAGAAUGCAGAUGCUCAUGCUACUUUCUUUGUCAAUGCCACCUGGCUUCACGCUCAACAAUACGCUAUGGUAGUUCAAAACCUUUAUAACGCAGGACAUCUCAUAGGUAUGACUUACCGUGUUCCCAACGAUGACCAUACUGCGCUCUCAGAUGAAGAGUUACGUGACGAUAUUAUUAAGAAUGCCGAAAUUAUUGAAAAGGUGAUUCAAGUGGGUGCGCCUAAAUACGUUCGCUUACAUUACACUGAAGUGGAAGAUACACGAACCGAAAAUAUAUUGAACCAAAUGGGUUUUGUGGUGGUUGGGUAUAAUCUUGAUAGUCAAGAUUACAUUAAAAAGGAAGUAACUGGCCCUAAUUCGAUCCAACAGGCGUAUGCAGAUAUGUUCAGAAAGUAUAAGGAUACUUAUGAUGUGAAAGGCUCUUUCAUCUCUAUCCAAUAUGAUUUGCCGUAUACACGAUCGUUAAGUGCGGCUCCUUACGUGAUCAAUACCAUUGAUAAAGAAGGAUAUACAAUGGUUCGACUCGAUGGUUGUUUAAAUGAUCCUGCACCUUACAAAGAAUCUGCUGCCAGCUCUGAGUAUGUUACAGACAAAUUCUCAUUUGGACAACCAGAGUAUCAUCAAGGACAAAAGGCUGUCGUCAUACAAGAGGUCUCUGAUCCCAUGGAGGAGGAUGAAAAUGAUAUGAUUCACGAAGAUGACUUCCAUAUACAAAGUUUUUUUGAAGGCAAAGCCUACAGUGUGAUAAAAUCAGCGGGUUCUGCUAUAUGGAUUACCACACUAUUAUUGAUCGUACUAUUCUAA